AUGAGCAAAGCUAGCCACACUAGCAGUCAUUUGCUCAUGUUCGUGCAGAGCAGUCUGAACAUUCGUCAUUUCAGUUCGCGUUCAAAGAAAUUCCCUCAUGUCUUUUAAUUUUAUCACAAGUUUUUUCAACGGUGUAAUUUAACAGUCUAUUCAACGAGGCACCGGGAAUUUCCAACACGAUUUCCAGAUGGAGGAGUUUAUAAACAGUGACAAGGGACGGGUGACCAUCUACUCGAUCCAAGGCUGCCCACACUGCCGGCAGGCGAAGGCCUUUCUGGCACCCUUGGGAAUUCCGGUUUGCGACGUUGAUCUCAAUGAGCAUCCGGAACUGCAGGCGCCAGUGAAGAAGCUGACAGGACGCGUCACAGUCCCUCAAAUAUUCUUCAACAGCCUUUAUAUUGGGGGAAUUGAAAAACUCCGAAAAAUGACUCCAGAGGAGCUUCAAAAGUUGGUGAAGAUGGUCAAGGAGGAACCUCUUACAGCCGACGCUCCACCGCUACCAGAGGGGAAACAGUCACCGGGCGCUGCUUUGGACACUGACAGUGGCGAAAAAAAAUUUGAGUGUGAGAAAGACGGCUUGGCUGACCUGGUUGCCGAGCUUAAAGAUGCCAAUUUGAUUGGCAUUCACAGAAAGGGGCUGGCUUUGUACAGGAAGAGCUUCUCAAAGGACAAACUGCUUGCCUGGCUCCAGAAGAACAAGGGCAUGGACCACAGUCAGGCCCUGAACGUUGGCCAUGAAUUGUUGCUGAAGAAGUACAUGGUCAUUGCCGGAGCGCACUGGGAUUCGGAUGGCAGAUUUGGAGCAGCCAGCGGGGACACGUUGUUUAGGUUGCUGGAAGAUGACCCGCAUUCGGCCCUCAACGCAGGACAGACUGCGUCCUGCAGUCCCCUCGAGGCGUCUGAACUCUCCUUGCUUUUACGUGAACUGAUUCUCAAGUUGUUCUCGGAGCAUCUGUCUGCUGACGGCAAGUCAGUGGACUACAAGGGCAUGUCGGCCAACCCCGCUUUUCAACGCUACUCCGAACUGGCCAUUCAACUGCAGAGGGUCAAGCUCCUCUCGCUGUCCCGGGAGGAGACGCUGGCCUUCUUCAUCAACAUCUAUAACGCUUUGGUCAUCCACGGUUACCUCCGCAUGGGGGCUCCCACCAACACUUGGCAGAGAUACAGAUUCUUCAACUACGUCAGCUAUCUGAUCGGAGGAGAAGUCUUCACCUUACAGGACAUUGAGAACGGCGUGCUGAGAGGGAACAGGAAAGGGGUGGCGCAGUUCCGAAGACCCUUCUCCAAAACGGACCCCCGGCUACAACUGGCGCUCAAAGAUGUUGAACCUCUCAUUCACUUUGCCUUGAACUGUGGCGCAAAAGGCUGCCCUCCCAUCAAGACCUACACACCGCAGGACAUCGACAAGCAGCUCCGCACGGCGGCCGAGGCUUUCUUGGAGAAUGACGACGCCUGCGUCGUGGAUUCGGGGAAAAAAGAAGUCCGGCUCAGUCAGAUCUUCAAAUGGUACAAGGUUGACUUUGGAGGAACUGAUGAGAAGCUGCUGAAGUGGGUGCUCAAGCACAUGAGCGACUCCCCCAAGAAGACCAGCUUGAAGGGAGUCCUCGCUGCCGGAAAGGCCAAAGUCAGCUUCCUCCCGUACGACUGGAGCUCCAACAGCAGCCACUGAAAACAGAUCCGACAUCCUCUCUCUGACAAUGGGCUUCCCUUCGCUUCUCUUCUCUUCUUCCUCUCUUCUCUACCGCUUAUGCAAAACCUUAAUUUAUUAAUGGUGGGAUGGGAACCGUUUGCACUUUACCGUCUAAUUGUACUGCUCUUUUUCAGGUGUUAUACACGCAACACGCUGUUGUGCAGCAAUAUAAUUCAGAGAACAAUUCAGCACACACAAAAAAAAAAAAAAAAAAAUGUCUUGGACUUCCAGAUGUAAUCUGCAUGAUCUUUGUCAUCGUUUUAAUGCAAUAUCAGAAACUCAGGAUUCUUUGUGUAAAAUCAGAGCGAAUCAAUGGAAACAGGCUCAUGUUCACGAUGUCACUUAAACAGAGUGGAACAUUUUAACCCCCAAAAUGCGUUUUAGUGGCAAAUGAGCUGUCGUUUUAACACAGAGGUAAAACUCAAGGUCGAAUUGACACAUUUUUUUUUUUUUUAAAAGGUGGUCCACUUUUGUAGGCUGACCCUCAGAUGACGCACAAAAGCACAGAGAGGGCUCCAUGCCCUCAUGUUGGGCCUCCAAAAUGUGUUGUGGAAAUAUUGAUCAACACUUCAUUCGAAAUGUCUACUUUGGUUAUUCUUAAAGCCUCGUUGUACACAAAACAUACGAAAAAAACCACCACUUCUGUCUGUUGGACCUGAGCUU